AAGAAGAAAAACAGGCCGUGACUUUAUUUUUGUAGUGUGUCGGUAUAACCGCGGCCGAUGAAGGCGAGACUGCUCGCUGCGAUUCCCUUCGCCAGCAGCUCCUUCUUCUUGUUGUUGUUGGUCCAUUCAGGCCGUCGUGACUCCGUUAUCGCGAGUGACCCGCGUGUGAACUCACUCAUCGUGAACCACCAGCAGCAGGGAUAAUUUCCCUCGUCGUCAUCAUCGUCUCGCUGUCAAGUCACCGGCCCCUGUUGUGGAGAGACGCUAGCUGCUGCAUCAUCGCUCGCCACCCUGUUGUAGACGGGCGCAUCGACCAUGUGGGAACCUUGAGGAAGCAGUCGGAGAUGCCCCGAGAGCACUCAGCGACAACUCGCCGCGAGGAAGCCAACCCGUCCACUCUGAUCCGACCCUUGCCGCUCACCCCUUCAUCGAGCGACGGGAAGAAGACGUCUUCGUCGUCGUCGUCGUCGUCGUCAUCAUCGCUGUCGUUGCGGCGGAUCGGACAGACGAUCCUCAACAGUCCGUUCUACGCCGGCGCCUCGCCGACCAACAAGCCCGCGGCGGACCAGGACCGCCAGUCCUCUCUCCUGGCUAUGAUCGAGGAGCGCCGCAAGAGUGGGCUCAAACUGCGCGGCCUCGUCAUCCCCGACCUCAACACGAGCAACACCAGCAGCACAAACAACAACAACAACAAGCCCUUGUCUGCAUUCACCUCAGUUGAGCUGCGCUUUAUGUGUCGACCGUCAGUCGAUCCUUCAAGCAAGAUGAAACAUAUCGAGAUGAGCCAAGCAACCACCGAGUACCCGAGCAAGAAGUGGACCUUCUCGCCGGACUCGAGAACUUCGGACAACAUCUUCCUGGCUACCAAGAGUUUCUGGGACUCCAAGACGGAGUUGAGUGGCGCCGCGUCGCCGCCGACGACGACGACACUGCAACACCACCACCAGCAGCAGCAGCAUCAGUUGCGGACGUCCGUUGUUGUGGGUCCUACUCCCACGCUUCCUCAUCACCAGAAGGAGAUCAAGAAGUUCGCGUCCGAGAAGAACCUGCUCAAGGUGGAGCGAGACACCAUGGCGUCUGUCACGAAUGCCUCAGCAGCCGCCAGCACCACCGCCAUCAACGCCGCCGACGUGAACAAGACCGACGGCGACAAGUGGAACGAGUUGCAGCGCAAAUACAGCAGUUCCUCGGACGUGACCGUCAUCGGAGAGAGCUUCGGCAAGCAGCGCCCCAAGGACCUGCUCAUGUCGCGCCUCAAAUCGGCCAGUCUCAGUCCGCAAAAGGACUCGGACCAUCACCGGUGUUUCUCCUCCUCCAUUAGCAGCAACAGCAGCAUCAACAUUACCACCGGCGCCACGGAAGCAGGAACCACCACUUCCACCACCACCACCAACAAAAACAACAACAACAAUCGAGCUCCAGUGAAGGCGCUGGCCCAAAACAUGGCGCCGAGUGAGGCGUCCGAGUUGUGUGAGCAGCAAGACGUGCUGGACGGCGAGGUGGAGGCCGAGGCGGAGAGUCUGGGCAGUCGGAGCAGCAGCAGCCAGGAGUUGCUGCUCAUGGGGGCCGGGGGUUCGUCCUUGCUGGGCCAGCCCCUGCUGUCUGCGGCACUCGAUAAUAACAGGGGCAGUUCAGUAGACUCGUCAACCAGCGAAGAGGGGAGUAUUCAGGCGUACACUCCCGGGUUCUCGAGCUACGUGGGGUUGACGGGUUCUGGGAUGAGAGAUUUUGGUGGGAGUGUCACCUCCCUGGCUUCCACGACGAGUUUGAUUUCACCUCAGGAGCUGCAGCAGUUGAUGGAGGACGCGGACGCCGGCGACGGGUCGGGCACUCCGUCGCACGAGAUCCUGGUCGUGGUGCUGCACCGCGAGUACCCGACGGCGGGUUCGGUGGGCAUCACGCUGGCCGGGGGAGCCGAUUAUGACACCAAGGACAUCACGAUCCACAGGGUCAUCUCGGGCAGCGUGGCGGACCGAGACGGGCGUGUCCAGCGUGGCGACAGGAUAUUGUCCAUCAACGGACGAGGACUGAAGGGCUUGACGCACAGCGAGGCCAUGAACAUCCUCAAGAUGAAACGAUUCUUCUGUUCUGUUCUUAUGGACCCGUAG